UUUUAGAUAUUGAACACUCCAGUAACAUUCUUUCCACUGAAGCCUCAAACGGGAACAAAGUAGCGUCGAAACGGCUGGAAGACUGUGCCUGGCUGGAUACAAAUAAUGAAUCACUCACUCGAACGGAAGCUUGGUGGCGUGGGCAUAUCGUUUUAACAGUAUUUUUAGGGACGGUGUUGUUGUCAGCGUGACCCGUUGAAGUGGCGUCUUUGGGGGACCAAUGCAGACCCCCUCUCAGAUCCUCACUCUGAGUGCCUGUGGCUGGGUCAGCAGCUUCUGUCGCUUUCGAGAGAUCGGGACAAGUGAGCCGCUGGAGACAUCAGAGAAAAUGUCAGUCAGCGUUCAUGAAAACCGCAAGUCUCGGACCAGCACAGGCUCCAUGAAUAUCUCGCUGUUCCACAAACCAUCACAUCCGGACAGUGUGCUAACGCACCUUAACACGUUACGCAAGCAGUGCAUGUUCACAGAUGUGACUCUGUGGGCUGGCGACCGCUCCUUCCCCUGUCACCGGGCCGUGCUGGCCGCUUGCAGCCGCUACUUUGAGGCCAUGUUUAGUGGGGGGCUGCGCGAGAGUAUCGAUAGUGAGGUCAACUUCCACGACAGCGUGCACCCAGAGGUGCUAGAGCUUCUCCUGGACUUUGCUUACUCGUCCCGCGUGAUCAUUAACGAGGAGAAUGCAGAGUCACUACUGGAGGCAGGAGACAUGCUGCAGUUUCAUGACAUCAGGGACGCAGCUGCAGAAUUCCUAGAGAAGAAUCUGCACUCGUCCAACUGCUUAGGCAUGAUGCUCCUGUCAGAUGCCCAUCAGUGUAAGCGCCUCUACGAGCUAUCUUGGAGGAUGUGCCUGGUCCACUUCGAAACUGUUCGAGACACAGAGGACUUCUACAACCUUUCCAAAGACAAGCUGCUUGACCUAAUCCUUAGUGAUGAGUUGGAGAUUGAAGAUGAGCAGAUUGUGUUCCAUGCUGUGAUGCGCUGGGUGCGUUAUGACCUAGAGAGUCGAAGAGACUACCUGCCAGAGCUGCUGAGGGGUAUUCGACUAGCUCUGUUACCCUCGGAAUGCCUUAUUGAGGCAGUUGCAUGCGAAGAGUUGGUUAUGUCAGACAAAAGGAGCCGGCUGAUAGUGGAGGAGGCCAUGCAGUGUAAAAAGAAGAUCUUGCAGAACGACGGAGUUGUGACCAGUCCCUGUGCCCGGCCCAGAAAGGCUGGACAUACACUUUUAAUCCUUGGGGGACAAACGUUCAUGUGUGACAAAAUCUACCAGGUGGACCACAAAGCCAAGGAGAUCAUCCCCAAGUCUGACCUGCCAAGUCCAAGGAAAGAGUUCAGUGCCUGUGCCAUUGGCUGUAAGGUCUAUGUGACUGGAGGGAGGGGUUCAGAGAAUGGGGUGUCCAAGGAUGUGUGGAUCUAUGACACUGUCCAUGAGGAAUGGUCAAAAGGGGCGCCCAUGCUAAUUGCACGGUUUGGCCAUGGCUCUGCAGAGUUGGAGAACUGCCUGUAUGUGGUUGGGGGCCACACAGCCAUUGCUGGUGUGUUCCCAGCCUCUCCCUCUGUUUCACUCAAGCAAGUGGAGCGGUAUGACCCUCUCACCAACAAGUGGACAAUGAUGGCUCCCCUCAGGGAUGGUGUCAGUAAUGCUGCUGUGGUCAGCGCUAAGCUUAAGCUAUUUGUCUUUGGUGGUACAACCAUCCACCGAGACAAGGCGUCCAAGGUGCAGUGCUAUGACCCUGCGGAGAACCGCUGGUUAAUUGCAGCUGAGUGCCCACAGCCCUGGCGCUACACGGCAGCAGCUGUGCUGGGCAGCCAGAUCUUCAUCAUGGGGGGAGACACAGAGUUCACGGCCGCUUCUGCUUACCGGUUUGACUGCGAGACCAACCUGUGGACUCGAGUGGGUGACAUGACUUCAAAGAGAAUGAGCUGCCAUGCUGUGGCAUCGGGAAACAAACUGUAUGUAGUUGGCGGCUACUUUGGGACACAGCGGUGUAAAACACUAGACUGUUAUGAUCCAAUGUCAGACAACUGGAACAGUAUCACUACAGUGCCUUACUCAUUAAUUCCAACAGCUUUUGUGAGCACUUGGAAACAUCUUCCUGCCUAGUAGUCUCAAUCUGGAAGUGGAAUCAAACUGGGCAUCACACACACCUGACUUGGGAGGAAGACCUGGAUCAUCCCACCAGUCUUGCUGUACAAACUGUGUUUGUGUGAGUGUCAGUCUGUGCACGGACGGAGCAGCGGGGGCCGAUCUCUGAGUGGGGCGCUCUCUUGGCUAAGAGCUAACAGCUAGCAGGCAAAAAAGAAAAGCUCAGAAAAAAAGAGCUGCCCUCUAACCUCACCACCCUUCACACACUGAAGUCCUCCCGGGCCCCAAGCGACCCAACCAUCCCAUAAUGAGCACAACUGAAGGGAAAGAGGCAGGCCUGGGCCCACAGAAGCUUCUGAGGACGGCUCUUGGACGUCACUGUGAAGAAAUGCCUUUCUGGUGACAUCAAA